AAUUAAGGUAUUUGAAUUGAUGCAAAACACCAAGAGUAGAUAUUCAUUUUAGCUCUAUUUAUCAUAUUAGUCGAAAUCGGGAUUAUGCCUUUAAUCAGGGAGGUGGAGGAGCAUCGUCAACAAUGCAGUGGAGGAGAGAAGGGGGCUUGUGAACGUCAGUAAGGAUGAGAAGGGGCCUGGUUGCCAAAAAAAUUAGGGGUUUUGCAAACCGGAUCACGUUUAGAAAGCGGUCAAACCCACGUCACAUGGACCGGGCAUAAUCAGGAUUAAGGUGCUGUUAUGCGAUUUAAUCGCAUGUAAGGUCAGAUUUAGCCAGAAAAGGAUUAUGCAAUAGAUUUUAAUCGCUCAGCUCAGGCUUAGUUGAGAUGGUGGAGAUAUAGUGUAAUCAGUUUGUAGAAAAUUUUUAAGUUCCAAGUUCUGUUCUGUUUCCAUGGCUCCUGUACCUAUUUCUACCCUCAAUGUUGGACACAUUGAUGAUGUCCAAGAACUGAGAAAAACUAAGCCAAAGACAAUUCCUCAAAGAUUUGUAAGAGACAUGACAGAAAGACCAACACUUGAUGACACUGCUCUUUCCUCACCACAGAGUGACCUGCCUGUCAUUGAUUUCUCUAAGCUUAGCAAAGGGAACAAAGAGGAAGUCCUCAGUGAACUUUGCAAGCUUGCAAUUGCUUGUGAAGAGUGGGGAUUUUUUCAGGUAAUCAAUCAUGAGAUUGACCUCAAUCUGUUGGAGAGCAUAGAGAAUAUGAGCAGGGAGUUUUUCAUGCAACCUUUGGAAGAAAAACAGAAAUAUCCAAUGGCUCCAGGGACAGUCCAAGGGUAUGGACAGGCUUUUGUUUUCUCAGAGGACCAGAAGCUGGACUGGUGCAACAUGUUUGCUCUUGGAAUUGAACCUCACUAUGUUAGGAACCCAAAUCUAUGGCCAAAGAAGCCAGCAAGAUUAAGUGAAACAAUUGAAGAGUACUCUGAAGGAAUCAGGAAACUUUGCCAGUAUCUGCUAGAAUACAUAGCUUUAGGCCUGGGAUUGAAAGGGGACGCAUUUGAGAAAGUGUUUGGUGCAGCAGUGCAAGCCAUAAGGAUGAACUACUACCCACCAUGUUCCAGGCCUGACCUUGUCUUGGGCCUGAGCCCCCAUUCAGAUGGAAGUGCCCUCACUGUGCUGCAGCAAGCAAAGGGAAGCCCAGUUGGGCUUCAAAUACUAAAGAACAGCACAUGGGUUCCUGUUCAGCCAAUUCCAAAUGCUCUUGUCAUCAACAUUGGAGACACAUUAGAAGUUCUUACCAAUGGAAAAUACAGGAGUGUGGAGCACAGAGCUGUGGCUCAUGAGGAGCAAGAUAGGCUUUCAAUUGUGACAUUUUAUGCUCCUAGCUAUGAAGUGGAGCUUGGACCAAUGCAAGAAUUUUUUGAUGAAAACCACCCAUGCAAGUAUAGAAGAUACAACCAUGGAGAGUACAGUAAACAUUAUGUGACAAACAAGUUACAAGGAAAAAAGACCCUGGACUUUGCCAAGAUCCAAGUAGAAAAUACAAACUAGGAAGUUUCACUUCACUUAGUUCCCCAACUAGCUAGAAGUACUAUGAUUAAACUAUAAGUAGAUAUAAGAAUCAACCACAUAAACUGAUAAAAGUAUCAAGGUUAAUCUUCUCAAUUAUUUUUUAUUCAAAAGUAGGUAAAAAUAUUAGUUGGGUGAUGUACAAGAGUGUGAUUGUGGGCCACAUACAGAAGACAGCUCACUGUUCUUAUUCUAUGCAUGUAUUUGCUUUUUCAAUGGAAAUUAAAUUUGUGUCA